UUUAGAGUUUAUUACUGGAUGUUUUCACUACUGUUAUAACACCUCAAGGGGAAUACGGGCAGAUGUCAGAGUCGACCUUCUAGCUUUACACAACAAACAUGACCACUGGUGGUAGACGGUGAAGGAACUAAACUCUACACGGAGAUUUCUGCCUAUUAUUAACCUUGUUCUGAAAAAUAUCCUUAAAUAAGUAUGCACAUGUUCAAUAACAGUGAAGUAUAAAUAUUAGUCCAGUUUGUACCAAGUGCAAGUACUUAAGAAUUUUCCACCCCGAAAGAUUAACUGUAGAAGUAAAAGUAAAUUAAAUUAAACUUUAAAACAAAAGAUUCGGAUAAAUAAUAAAUGCUUCUUGUACGUGACCGAGAGACAACAAAGAGUUUGUAAAACUAAAUGUAUUUGUAAAUCAGUUUGAUCAGAAGCUCCUCCUCUCCUUUACACUUAUUUAUACAGUUGUUUUCUGUCCCCUUAUUAAUACUUAUGGACUUUUAAAGUAUACGCUGCGCUCUUCAUGUUUUAAUAACAUUUAUGUAUGCAGACUCUUCAGUUAGUGCAAACAAAUGUGAAGUUCUGUUUUUUUACUUUGGUAGAAACACAGUGGUAGUUUAGUUAAACCACAAAAAGGUGAAACAGAACCAACACAUUAUACAGCAAACGUGUGGAAUCAAUGUGAAUGUGAAGCUCCACAAUAGUGUAUUAAACAAAUCCAACCAACAGAGCAAACAAUAAGACAACACAAAUGAAUCAUUCGCUUGGGUUAUUUUCUGAUUGUUUGUUUGCUGGUUGCUUUUUUUUUCACCCGCUUGUCCUCAUUACGCCUGGUCAGGAAACACGAUAACAGUCUGAUGAAAAACUCACUAUACAGCUUGUUUAUAUCUAAUCAAUGUCUUAGAGUCUGUUCUGAAUGUUUUUAGGCGUUAACUCCAAUUUUUUUGGAAGUACAACAGGAUGUUUAAAGGAACUCUUUUUUGUUGGUAAUAUUAAAAUUGAGUCGUAACAAAUUUAAUAUAUCUAUUCUUCAAAUAGGGGGGUCACGGUGUCUUAGUGGUUAUCACGUUCACCUCACACCUCCAGGGUCGGGGGUUCGAUUCCCACCUCCGCCUUGUGUGUGUGGAGUUCUCACUGAGGACACGUUCUGGAGCAACACAUGCGUCUCUGCACUGGUUUUUCCCAGUGUUCAUGAUGUGAGUCUCAGUGUGUAGAACACUGUGGACACUCUGUGAGGGUCUGGAUGGAUGGGUGUCAUGACCAUAGGAUCAGUAAUGUGUGUACAUGACGAUUGGCUGUGUACGAUGGGCUGCUUCAUUAUACCUUUGUGAAUUCAGGUAUUGGUGAAACAUCAAGGUGUGAGACUGAUGUGUAGUGAUGUUCACCACAGAUCUUUCUGAAGACAACAUUGAAAGUUUGUUGUCUCUGCACAAGUCCAUGAGCUGCUCCACUUCCUCCCUCUGUUUCACUACUGUAGUGUCAGGAAACAUCAUGACCUGGUAAUGUUAAGCUGUAAUAAACGGCACAGUUGUGAGGCAGAAGCACACACACACAGUGGACUGUAGUGAAACUGAAUUUGUCUCCCAGUCAGAAGUCGAGGGUCCAGGAGCAGAGCCACAUGCUCAGGUCAAACAAGCUCAGAGUCACUAGUCAAAUUUCGCAGCUUAUCUGAACGUGCCUCAGCCUGCUUGUUUAAAUCGGUUGUGUUUGCUGAUUAAAUCAAAUCAUAUUAUUCAAUAUAAUAAUCGAAUAAUAUUUUAAGCUUUUUAGCAUCAGAAUACUUUCUGAAUGUACAGUACAACAGAAUCAAGGCUAGAUGGCUGUGUUUGUGUAGAGUGUGGUGUAAAGCAGGUCAGAAGAGAUUCAGCGUGAACUUUAUUGUAAAAUGAAAUGUUUCUGCUUUUAUUCUUCAGCAAAGCUGCUUUGACAGAAUUUUGCAGCUUAUCUGAAUGUGCCUCAGAAUGUGCCUCAGCCUGCUGAUAUGUGAUCUCUCUCGUGUUCUCACCUGUCUCAGAACCGGUUGAACAUGUUUGUUCACAGAUUGUGUCUGAAUUAGCUAAGAGAUUUGAUCCCAGCAGCCCAGCAGGGUUGAGCUAUCAACAAGGUGUAUUUUAUUCUGUAUCCUUCCCUGAUUGUGAAAUGAACACAAGUCAUUGGUGUUAAAGAUCAGGGUGUGUAGACUGUAGAUUUUAAUCAAUACUUUUUAGACUCUGAGUGAUGUGGAAUGUUGACUACAACAGAAAGUAUGUUGUGGAUCUCGGUGACCAGGUUGUAUGGCUGCCACCUACAGGAGAGCACCGGGUACUGCUCCAAUCCUGUAGUCAUGGUGUGAGAUCACAGGUAACAUCCAGAAAAGUACAAUGACUUCACGGCCUUAUUGUGAAGGGAGAAUUUACACUUGUGUACAUCUUAUGAUUUAUUAUAAUGUCUUUUACAACCUCGUGUGAAUACUGUUAGACUUAAUGAUACGUCUGUUUUCAUUUCAGCACCUUGUACUUUAAUACGUUUUUAUUUGUAUACGUUAUUUUAUAUCUACUGACUCACUCCAAAUAAUAUCUCAGUAAAAUGUGUUCUUUUUAUUAAAGGUUUACAUCCCCGAUAGGAGGAAUUAAUAUUCGCUCUGGAUAAAGGCGUCUGCCAGAUGCUGUAAAUGUAAAUUUUAGCUGCAAUAUCAGAAAUCCAGUGGUGUAAAGGUCUGAAUAAAUCAUAUCAAAUUUGAGGUUAUUUACUUUUACACACUUGCACAGUCGUGUCCUGGUAAACGUUUCAGGACUCCGCCUGGACUUUGGUCACGUGUUUUUGUUUGUUUGGUGUCACGUGUCUGCCCCGCCCUUGUCUCUUCCUCCCCGUCUCUGCACACCUGUUCCUUAUGUGUCUGAUGGUUAUCAGUAUUUAGUUGAGCCACGUUGCCUUGAGCAGUGCGGAAUCCUCUGUUUAGUCCUGUUGUCUUCGUCUUGUCUAGUCGGUGUCCUAGUUUUUGUGUUAUGUGUUUUUUUAUUUAUUAAAUCCUCUUUUCGUUAAGCUAUCCUGCAUUUGGGUCCGUUUUUAUUCCCCCGCCCCUGACAAAAGGUUCAUGUGUUUCCACCUGGAUUUAUAUAAACAGGUAAAAGAUGGCAGCCGUAUCUUCAUUAGGAUCUUAUACACAUCUCCUGCUGCCUCUCUUUCUCCUCUUUUGUUUUGGAUUAGUAUUCUACACUUACUACAAGCCAACUACAAACUGGUCAUGUUCUGAGGUUGCAGAAUCCACACGUGACAUCUGCAUUGAUAAAUGUGGUGUCUUCAGCGAGAACAAAAAUGUCACCAUCAGCACUUUAAAGUACAAGCUGUUAAAACAACAACCACAGCUUCAUGACCGUGACACAAUCCUUUUAAUCUGGAAUUGGCCUUUUGGUGUUAGGUUCGAUGUAAAAACCUGUAAACAGUUUGGUAUUGAAGGUUGUCAAAUUACCGACGACAGAAGCCAAUAUGACAAAGCCCAUGGAGUUAUGUUUCAUCACAGAGAUAUUGGUGGUGAUUUCUCAGGUCUGCUGAACAGACCACGACCUCCAUACCAGAAGUGGGUGUGGAUGAACAUGGAGCCUCCUGAUAAUUCAGGUAGACGUGCUGAGGUUGAUAAUGCAUUUAAUCUUACAUCAAACUAUCGGAGAGAUUCAGAUGUCUGGGUACCUUAUGGGAGACUCGUUGAAGUGUCAGAGAAGGAAAAAACCUUUCAAAUACCAACGAAGGAUAAAAUAGUGUGCUGGAUCGUCAGUAACUGGAAUCCCAACUUUCAAAGAGUGAAAUAUUUUACUGAACUCAGCAAACACAUCAAAGUAGAGGCUUACGGUAGACACUUCAACAGGUACAUCGGCAGUGAAGACUAUAAUAAGAUUUUAUCGAGCUGUAAGUUCUACUUGUCCUUCGAGAACUCCAUCCACAAAGACUACUUCACAGAGAAGCUGUUUAAUCCUCUAAUGUCUGGGACAGUUCCUGUGGUUCUCGGUCCACCCAGGGAGAACUAUGAGGAAGUCAUUCCCUCAGAUUCAUUUAUUCAUGUGGACGACUUCAAAUCUCCUCAGGAACUGGCAGAACAUCUCAAAUAUAUGGACCAGAACCAGGAGGCUUAUGAACGCUACUUCACCUGGAGACAAUACUUCACUGCUGAACGUUCAUAUUUCGGUCUAGAACACGCAUGUCGUAGCUGUGAGCAUAUAAAGAACAAUAAGGCGUACAGAGUGUUUAAAAAUCUCAGUAAGUGGUACUGGGGUUAACUAGCAUUUUAUUUUACAAACAUAUGAAGAUUCCUGGAAAACAAGCCAAACUGGAAACGUUAUUUUCUCCCUGACUGAAUGCAUUAUGGUUGAUUCUCUGCUUCUUGAAGUUUUUGGACAUUCUAAAAGGAGAUGCCAAAACCAUGUGGUCUUUGAUAAUUUGUCGAAUGAUUGUCAGACUGUAUAUUUAUAAUCACACCCCCAGUGUCACCCACAUGAGGAUGAGGUUCCCCUUUGAGUCUGGUUCCUCUCAAGGUUCCUUCCUUUACCAUCUAAGGGAGUUUUUCCUCCCCACAUUCACCUGAGUCACCUCAGACUUGUUCAUUAGGGAUAAAUACAUAUACAUUUAAAUAGAAGUCUAACAUAAAUUGUUGUAUUAUAUUAAUGUUUGUAUAAUAUAAUAUAAUUAAACUUUUAUAUCAUGUUUAUGUUCAAUUAAGCUGCUUUGAGACAAUGUCCAUUAUGAAAUGUGUUAUAGAAAUAAAUUUGAAUUGAAUGUCCAUUUACAUUUUACUUACAUGUCUAGAAUAAGAACACUUGAAAGUUUUCAGCACAUUUUAGGACGUCUAUUGCUUUGUAAGUGAGAGAUAUUUGAUUCUCGGGGGAAGAAGGUAACCAAUGUAACUGCAGAAAUGUGUGCAGAACGUGUCUGUAAGUAUGAACACAGGCAGCUGAAGUCUGAACAUUGUGCCGUUUGUUAAGGGUUUUACUAGACUAAACAAUUAGGUCAAGGCUCUGGGUUACUGGACGGAAGGUAUGGGGUUCAGGCAAGAAGAAAAGAAAGUGAUGUGACGUGACAUACGGCUAAGUACGGUGACACACACUCAGAAUUCUUUCUCUACAUUUAACCCAUCCAAAGUGCACACACACACACACACACACACACAGCAGUGAACACACACACACACCAUGAACACACACCCGGAGCAGUGGGCAGCCAUUUAUGCUGCAGCACCCGGGGGGGGUUCGGUGCCUUGCUCAAGGGCACCUCAGUCGUGGUAUUGCCGGCCCGAGACUCGAACCCACAACCUUAGGGUUAGGAGUCAAACUCUCUAACCAUUAGGCCACGACUUCCCUCAAGAAUUGAAAAGAAAAGAAUUUCACUGUACUGUAAUGUGUAUAUAACAAAUAAAACCUUCUUCUUUCCUUCUUCUA